AUAUUUUCACCUCUACAGAUUGGUCAUGAAAAAAUGGAGAAGCAGCACAGAAUAGAGAAGCAGCGGAUGAGGAAAAGAAGGAAUUUCCACGACUUGGAGAAAAUUGAGCUAACGACAACCGGUCGUCUACUCGUAAAUGCCGGACAUGGUCCUGAGGACCCAGAUGUGCAUGUAUGUCCUCAUCUAACUCAUAUUCUUCAACCUCAUCAGCUGGGUGGAGUUCGUUUCAUGUACGAUAACAUCGUUGAGUCGUUGAGCGAGUUCAAAACGUCACGAGGAUUUGGAUGUAUUUUGGCACAUAGUAUGGGAUUAGGAAAAACUAUUCAGGUUAUCACCUUUGUAGAAAUCUUUCUGCGGGUUACGCAGGCUAAGAAGGUUCUUAUUAUUGUGCCUGUAAAUACAAUCCAGAAUUGGAUGAAUGAAUUCGAGAAAUGGACACCAAGGUAUUUGGAAACUGGAGGUUAUGGUCGUCAGUUUGAGGUAUUUCUUCUUGGAGACUCUGUGAAAACGUUUGAUCAGCGGGUAAACAUAAUUGAAGAAUGGUCACGAAGGGGUGGAGUGCUUCUCGUAGGGUAUGAAAUGUUCCGUCAGCUGAUUAGGUCUACUCAACCCAAGAGGCCUUCAAAGUCUUUUCAGACGAAGCCUAUGGAAAGUGACGAAAAACCCGAUGAUUUCGAUCAGGGGUUAACUGCAAAUGGUCGAAUCAGGAAAGAGGCGAACGAAAUCAUUCGUGGGGCAUUAGUUGAUCCUGGACCUGAUAUGGUGGUUUGUGAUGAAGGUCACAAAAUCAAGAACCUAAAUACGGAUAUAGCCGCAGCGCUAGGUGCCAUUCAUACGAAGCGUCGCAUUGUGCUAACAGGUUAUCCACUGCAAAACAAUUUAAUGGAGUAUUAUUGCAUGGUUGACUUCGUCCGACCAGAUUUCCUUGGGUCAAAAAAGACUUUUUCGAUCCAGUUUGAGCGCCCCAUAAAAAACGGCCAAUGUAUCGAUUCCACUGCGAGAGACGUCAAAAUCGCUCGUCAGCGGAUUCAUGUCUUAAACAACAUGCUCAAAGGCUUCAUCCAGAGGAGAACUCAUCAUCUCCUUAAAGCAAUUUUACCAGAAGCGAAAGAAUUUGUCCUUCUUCUACGUAAAAGUCCAUUGCAACAUGUUUUAUACAGGAACUUCGUAAUGUAUGCCAAUGCGGAGAUCAGCUCUGGGAAUUCCUCCGUUUUCAACCCAUUGAAAGCGUUCGCUGCUUGUUCAAAGAUAUGGAAUCAUCCCGAUGUCCUUGCACAGACCUUGGAAAGAAAACGGGAGGAAAAGAAGAAGUCCUGUAAAAACGAUGUAAGUUUUCUAUUGUUUAAUGGCACUAGCGUGGUUUACGUAUUGUUAAAUAUGUUUAUUCAGGCUGAAAUUCCUAUGGCCUUAUAUAGAAGAGGAAACAUUGAAAAUGGCUAUAAAAUGGUGAUUGCAAUGGAGCUGCUGGAUGCUACUGUCCGAAUAGGAGAGAAGAUGCUCAUUUUUAGUCAAAACCUGACCGCACUAGAUCUCAUCGAGAGCUACUUAAGUCGUCGUCUGCUGAAAACUGCGGCAGGAACAACAUCGUGGAUGAAGAAUAUCAAUUAUUUUAGAUUUGAUGGGAGUACAUCUGGUUCAGAACGAGAACGACUCAUAAGCCGCUUCAAUACAGAUGCCAGCGUACAUUUAUUUCUGAUAUCAACAAGAGCUGGGUCACUUGGCAUCAACUUGGUUGCUGCGAAUAGAUGCAUUAUAUUCGAUGCUUGUUGGAACCCCUGUCAUGAUGCUCAGGCAGUUUGUAGAAUUUACAGAUAUGGCCAGCAAAGGCGUACGUACAUCUAUAGGCUGAUUAUGAAUAACUGCAUGGAGAAAGCAAUCUUUAAUAGACAAAUUAGCAAGCAUGGGCUUCAACAACGUGUUGUCGAUGAUGCACAAGUUGACGCUAAUAUAACCCAGAAGGAGUUAGAAACCUUGUUAAUGUACGACGAAUCGUUAGAUGUUGUUUCUGGUAAAUGGGAUACAUCAGGGUGGAACUUCGGCGAUGAAGUAUUGGAAUCUGUGGUGAAAAGUAGGAGCGAAAUGCUGUCGAUAUUGUUUCAAAGAUCUUAUUGUUUAAGCGAGGAAGAGAAAAAGGAGGCGGAAUUAUGGUUCGCAAAGGAACAGUGCAACGUUGUAAGAAAACAUAUUUUCAUCCAUAUUUUAUUUGGUUGUUACGUGUCCGCGUGUUCACCCAUUGGUUGUGGAAUGAAUCCAGCGGCCAAAAACCAAUCUCAAUCCCAUCACCAAAAUCCUUCAUAUGUCCCUCUCAGGUUUAACUGCUUUUCAGUAGGUUCAGCAAAGUAUCAUGUUGAUCGCAUGAAUGAUAUCCCUAUCCGCAUACCUCCUUUUCCUGGUGCUGCUGUCGCAUAUGAGCCAUCGUCCAAUAGCAGAGGUAGUGUGCAACUCAUUACCACAGAUCGAUCUCUGAGUUUACCCAUUGUUUCACAUCCAUCCGAAAGUUGUGAAGUACCCGCUAAUACCCAAGCUCUGCUUGUGCGCACUGCAGACGGAGUGUUUUUGCGUCUCAAUAAUGGGCUGCUUCUGGACGCUCAAAAUACAGUAUUCGAUUCAUGUAUGUUAAUAGUUACAUCUCUUUCAUUAUCCUAUAAAAUAUUAUCGCCCCAGCAAGUCUACUGCUGA